CGUCAUUACUUGCAACCAGCUUCAAUUGUCUAGUCCCAUAAACCUGAAUAUUCAACCUACCUGCAUUGCUCCAGCAACUUGUCUCCUAUCAAUUAUUGCUCUAAACACCAUUUUGCUACCGUUAAAUUAUCAACAUGCCUGAAUCCUCCUUCUCCAUCCGCAGCCGUCGCGGCGACGAGCUCACGCGACUGGCGGACCAGCACAUGCAACAUGACCUGCAACCCGAAGAUCGCGAUGUGCUGAAAAGCGCCGCCUCCAGAGUAUCUCUCUGGACGACCGUCGGCUCGGCAGUUGGCAUCGGCCUUGGUCUCUACGUCGCGUUCCGAUUGCGAAGCACGCGGAAGGCUUUCUUCCAGGCAUUCCGCGCAGCGGAGAAACCCACGCAGGUGGUGUUUGCGGAUGGUCGAACUGAGGCAAUCCCUGAUAUUACCCCGUUACUGAAGCCGACAACUUGGGGAGACUUUGCGACAUAUUUCUUCGCUUCGGCUGGUGGACUUUUCUUGGGCGGCGAACUGGGGCUCUUUGCUGGAGCAGCCAGUGGAAGUCGCAGUAUUGCCAAGGACCCUGAACGAAGGAAACGCAUCGAGAACGCGUUCCGGAAGUUCAGAGCAGACGUGCUGCGCAAGGAAGCGGACGCAUUGGACCGUGAUGAGAACGUCUUUGACAAAAUGUUUUAGGUUUUCCGGGUUUGAUGAGCUUGUACGAUAGUCUGUCAUGUAUUCGAUAAUGGACCUGCAGUGAAUGCUCAACACAGCUUCACACCUACAAGGCAAUGGCCCCCCGCAAUACUGUGAACACCGGCGCAUCAUCAUCAGUAGCUCCAUCUAUUUAGGGAUGUUAU